AUGUCUCGCGCACACGAUAACCUCUCCCUUGACGUGCGCGCGCUCUCAUCUGCCGCGCGGCUCUGCGUAUUUGCGCGCAGUGACGCAUCUGUCCAGUGCCGCUCCUCUGACGCGUACCGGGUCCGCGCCCCGGUUCUCCGUUUUUUCCCAGUCCCAACUGAGUCCCGUGAGUGUCCCGUGUCCCGUGCAGACAAGACCCUGAACGCGCACUACCGAACCUGCCGCGCGUCAAAGAGGACCACAGUGCGUCAGCCGCGCGUAAAGCACUGCGGAUUUUUCCCCUGA